AUGUCGGCGCCCUCUCUUCUUGAGAAUGAGUAUCGCAACAGACUUCCCAGCCUCUUGGAGGUUCUGGGGAGGCGAACUCUAGCUCCUGUUGACUUGUUUUCAUUCUACAUCUACAUGAGAGAUCAACAAUGCUCUGUGGACUAUCUGGACUUCUGGCUCGAUGUAUCGCAACACAUGUCUCUAUGCCGCCAUUAUGUACGCGAACUACGCCGUUCAGUUCUUCUCGAGACCCCAGAGCCCGAGAAAUUUGACAGCAGACCUUCUACUGCGUCCCAGCGACACCGAGGCGCGAUGCCAGGAGAUGGAAAUCCUAUGGACUUUACAAACCUAGUUGCCAAUGGACGCAGAAAUGGAAAUGGCGACAUCGAAGACUCCGACCAGCGAUUGUCAGCUUUCCUACGUUCUGAGGGUCAGACUUCGAUGAGAAAUAGCGAGGAAUCCGAAUUUUCGAGGAGACGAGGCUCGUUCCCCAGCCAUGCUCGACGCGUCAGUACUGCUUUGAAUGGUAUCUCCCAUGGCAACGGCAACGGCAAUGGCAACGACACUAGCUCACCAGGCCAUACGGUUGCCCGCUCCGACAUUCGCGCCAGCGCCGUCAGGAUCCUAUACACUUAUUUGCUCCCUGGUUCCGAACGUGAGGUUGUUUUGCCCGACAGCAUCGUUGGAGACGUUGUUCACAUGAUCGAGGAAGAGGGUAGAGAUGACCCGGAAGUUUUUGAUACCGCAAAGGACUACGUCUUCCAGGCUAUGGAACGAGAUGCUUUCCCUGGAUUUCUCCAAGCCAAGGCACUCGGCAAUCUGGUCCCACCAAGCAUUCUGGCACGCCUGGUAAUUGCGCUGGUCAGCUUUGGAGGUGGAUUCUGGGCUGGUUUCUUUGUUAUUCUGACAGAUACUCCACGAAACACUCGUUGCUGGGUGAUCCUGCCAUUCUCAGUUGCAGCUUACUUCCUUUCAUCUUAUCAAUACAAGAUCGACCCCAUCCUCGCCCUUAUUGGGCUGAGCGAAUACACAUUCAUGAACUGGACACGCAUCCGCGAACCCUAUGUUCGAGCCCUUCUCAUCAAGCGAGCCUCAGUAUCUCUGCUUCUCGCCGUGGUUAUUGCUCUCGCGCUUUGCCUUCUUUUCAUCCUCGUCCCUGGAACCCGCCUGUAA